AUGGUUCUUCGUUGGUGCUACUUUGCAUGUCUCUUUCUCUUGGUGGCUUUGAAACUAGAGCUAGCUAAUGCUCGAUUUUACCUAAAUGGUGAAGAUGAACCCGUCACCUACAAGACAAUAGUUGUGGAUCCAUCUGGGCAAGGAAACUUCAUUACCAUACAAUCUGCUAUUGAUUCAGUUCCUUCCAAUAACAGACGUUGGGUUUUGAUCAAGGUGACGGCAGGUAUCUACAGGGAAAAAGUGAAAAUUCCAUUUGACAAGCCUUACAUCGCACUAGUAGGAGAGAAAAAUAGGAACACUAUUGUUGAUGGGAAUGACCAUGCUUCAACCGCUGAAAGUCCUACGAUCGAAUUCCUGGCUGACAAUAUUUUUGUCAAAUACAUGAGUUUUAGGAAUUCAUACAACAAUCCAUUAAAAAUUAAUGACUUGGCAAGUGACAUGGCACCUGCGGUAGCGGCGAAGGUAUGCGGUGACAAAAUUUACUUUUAUAGAGUUGGCUUUUUUGGUUUCCAAGACACUUUGUGGGACGAAUCAGGAAGACAUUACUACAAGUAUUGUACCAUACAAGGUGCUGUUGAUUUUAUCUUUGGUGCAGGCCAUGCUUUGUUUGAGAGGUGUUCCAUAUCUGUUAUUGAUGCGGCACUGGGUCCAGGUAGGCCUGGUUAUAUCACAGCACAUGGGAGAAAUAAUCCAAACGAUGCAACUGGUUUUGUUUUCAAAGAUUGCAAGGUUUUUGGAAAUGGGAAAACUUACUUAGGAAGGCCUUGGAGAGAUUACGCUAGAGUUCUUUUCUAUAACACCUAUAUGUCCAACAUUAUAAAACCUACUGGUUGGGAACCAUGGCAUUCCGUUGGACAAGAGGAUCGCGUAACGUUUGCUGAGUAUAAGAAUUUUGGGCCUGGUGCUGACACGUCCAAGAGAGUGAGUUGGACUAAGAAGUUGGAUUUAUCAACAAUUAAUAAGAUGGCAAGUUUGGAUUUCAUUGAUGAUGAAGGAUGGCUUUCGACCUUUGGAGCUUUCAUUUCUGGAUAA